CCAAACAGCUGUCGGUGUUUCAUGAUUUUAUUAUUAUUAUAUAAUUUUUUAAUUGAAUUUAUUUUGGUGCUACAAUGGCGAGAAUGAUAUACAAACCAUGCAGUGAUAAACCUAAACCCCACUUAAUUAUUAAGCCAACUGCAGAGGACCUAAAGGAUAUGGAAACAAAUUUCCGUGUGCUGCCGCUCUUCGAGAAGAGUAGUUAUGAGAAGGCAAGAAUUAAAACCUUAUCCAUGGAUUUAAAUGAAAAAUUGAAAUGUUGUUGGACUAAGUACAAGCAAAAUUUGGAGAUGCGGGAUCAUGAGCCCUUCCGUUUUCCGGAUGUAAGAGAUUUUCACUACAGAAAAUACCUAGUUGAAUACUUUCCAAGCGAAAGAAAGUUUAAGUUCGACAAUAGAAUGAAGAUGAAGGCGGGACCGGGCGUAGACUAUAGAGGACAAAUGCCCAUUCCUCAUGAGCUACUAAUGGUACGAGGAGAUACCAAGAGUAAGCAGGAUCGCAUUAAACAGAGACGAGAGAAAAAUGAGAAAAGGAAAGUUGUUGAAAAAAAGAAAGUAAAGUAGUUUUAAACGAUAUGAAACGUUUUAUGUUUGAAUGUGACGGUUUUUGCGUUUAGUUGUGCCUAUUUUUAAAUUGUU